CACAAACAAGUUUAAUGUUUUAUAGAGUUGAUAAAGAUUUUAGAACGUUAAUGACUUCAGUUGCGAAUGAUAAUAAUGUUUUAAAAUGUUGUCAAAAAAAAAAUAUUCUUUCACAAUUAAAACAUUUAACAAGUCAAUUAAAUAAAUGUCAAGAUACAAUACGAAAACAAAUGUUCAAUGAAAAUAAAAAUGGAAGAUUAAUAUUUCUUACAGAUAUUCAAUUAUUUGAUUUAAUUACAGCUGCUUCUAAUAUUCGAUUAUUAAGCAAUAAACUUUCAUUUGUUAUUCCUGGAUUAAAAAAUCUCUUAUUUUCUGAAGAUAUCAAAGAAGAAGCUAUUGGAUUAAUAACAGAAUAUCAAGAUGAAAAAAUACUUUUCACCAAUAAAGUUCCAUUUGAAGGAAAUGUUGAAACAUUUAUUGAAAAAUUACAAGCUACGUUAAAAGAAACAAUCAAAAAUUCAAUUGAUUCAGCUAUGAAAGAAUUAACAGAAAAUAAUCAAUUAAAAUUUAUUGAUUGGUUAAUGAAAUAUCCUCGACAAACAAUUAUUCUUGUUCUUAAAAUAAUGUUUACACAACUUAUUGAACAAAAUUCAAAAGGAAAUGAUUCCGAACAGAAAUUAACAUCAUUAUCAAAAAAUUUAUUAGAAGAAAUCAAUCAUAUACGAGAAAGUUCAACAGAUGAAUGUUUAAUAGUAAAUAAAAAUCAAUCAAUUGGAAAAUUAGAAGAUGUUUUAAUACUUUUAUCAUCUUAUUUAACACGUCUUCCAAUAGAUUUAAAUGCAUUUGAAUGGCAAUUUACACUUAAAUAUUAUUCAGAUCAACAAACAAAACAAAUAUCAAUCAAAUGUCUAGAAAAAUCAAUUGAUUAUGGUUAUGAUUUAAUUGCAAAUAAAGAAAUUUUUAUUCCAAAAGAACAUCAUUUUCUUGGAAAAAUCUUUCUCUCAUUAGGAUCACCUGGUGGAACAUUGAUUCUUAACCAAAAUAGUGAUUAUUUAAUUGAAAAUCUGUCGUCGAAUCUUGGUCGAAAUUUAUUUCGUCUCGAAUGUAAUUCAAUAAUGAAUGAUUGUGAAAUAAUCAAUGCAUUUGUUGGUGUUUGUCAAGGAAAUUUAUUUUUAUUUAAUAAUUUAAAUAAACUUAAUGAAAGAGUAAUGCAUUUAUUUAUCGAAAUAUCAAAUACUUUAUAUGAAACAAUAUUAAAAAAGAACAAAUCAUUUGAAUAUAUGUCAAGAACAUUUACAUUAAUUGAUUCCAAAGAAAUAAAUUAUUUAUCAACAAUAUAUCCAUCAACAAUUGAACAUUUUUCUUCAUUAAAAAGUGAUAUUAUAGUUGAUUAUCGUAUUGUAACAUUAUCUAAACCUGAUUAUUAUCAUGUUUUUCUUGCUAAUUUAAUUCGAUCUGGUUUUCAUCAUGCAUUUGAUUUAGCUACACGUUUUAUGAAUCUUCUUUCCUAUACAGUUGAUAAAUCAUUAACAGAAAAUCUUUCACAAUUCGGUAUAAUUGUACCAAAAGUUGAUUUAAAUCCUAAAUUAAUGAAAAUAUUAAUAAAAUUUUCAAAAUAUUAUUUAAAUAAUCAUUCUCGUGAAGAAGAAGAACAAGCAUUAUAUAAUGGUUUAUCUGUAAUAUCGAAAUGUUUUAAUAAUGACGAUAAAAAAGCGUUUGAAUCAAUAAUUUUAUACAAAAAUCAAUCAUAUAAAGGAACAAUUCCUAAAUGUUUACCAUUUGAUAGUUUAUCAACAAAUAGUCGACAUUUUGGUCAAACAAUCUGGAAUAUUUCUGAUGGAUUUGAAUUAGCUUUAAAUCAAAAUCAUUUAAAUAUAAAUGAAAAUAUUUUAAAUAAAUUAUUUCAAUUAAAUCAUUUAACAGAAAAUCAUUCAAAAAUUCUUAUUCUCGGUAAAAGUCAAUAUGGUAAAAGUCUUUUAAUUAAAUCAUUUAUAAAAGCUAAAGCAUUUAUGGAUCCAACACAAGUCUAUCAUCAUAUAAUGCUUUCAUUAUGGCCAUCGGAUAUUUUAUUUUCAAAAUUUAAUUCUGAAACAGGUCUUUUUCAACAAGGUCUUUUGACAAAUAUUAUUGAGAAAGCUAAUAAAAAAGAAAAUCUUUAUCUUCAUUUUGAUGGUUUUAAUCCGGAUGAUCUUAGUACACUUGAAGAUUUUAUUCUUAAUUUAAAUCAUGGUCAUGUCUAUUGGGAGUUAGAAAAUUUAAAUAAUUUAAGUCCAUUACUUCUUUCAUCAUUUGUAAUGCUUAAUAUAGAAGAACCAAUUUGGACAUGGCGAGAUUUAGUUUAUUCAAGUUUUCCAAAUGAUAAUGAUGAUAAUGAAAUAUUUGAAGAAUUAGUUAAAAUUCUUAUUGAAUAUAUAUCAAGAAUUGAAUCGUAUGAUAUAAAAGAUAAAUCAACAAUGAAGAUUUCAUUUAUAUCAAAAAUUUCAAUGGCAAUUACUUUAUUAAAAACUUAUUUUAAAAAUGAUAAAUGUUCUGUUAUUGAUUUACGUUCAUUAGUUGAAUAUACACUUUUAUGGUCAUUUAUUACACAUAUUGAUUUAAAUUCGAAGAAAUUUUUUGAAAAUUGGUGGAGACAAACAUUUCAUAAUAUACCAAAAGAUAAAUCUGUAACUGAUUGGACAUAUGAUACUGAUGCUCAUCAAUUUAUUCUUUGGUCAGAUACAAUACCAGCAUUUAAUCCAUUAGCACAUCAAGGAAUUCCAAAUAAUAUUUUUGUUCAUACACCUUAUACAAUGGCAUUAUCGACUCUGAUUAGCUUAAUGACUGAAAAUAAUCAUCCAGUAUUAUUAAUUGGAGAUCGAGGAAUUGGUAAAAGUGCAUUAAUAAAUGAUCGUUUGAAAGCAACAUGUGGCGGUGAUAUUAGCGAUGAUUUUUAUAUAACAAUAACUUGCAAUUCUGAAACUGAUGCUUUAUUUGCGUAUGAAAAAAUCGAUGAACAACUACAAUGGAAACAUUCAUCUUAUUAUACAACAAAAGGAAAUCGAAAAAUGUUUUGUUUUAUUGAUAAUCUUAAUCUUGCAAAGAUUGAUCGUUGUAAUUCUCAAUCAUUAGUAGAACUUUUACGUCAACAUCUUGAUUCAAAUGGAAUUUAUUCACCAAUAAAUUCUAAUUGGCAACAUAUAGAUAAUAUAACAUAUGUUUUAACCUUAAAUCGAAAUAAAUCUUUAUCAAAUUUAAAUCGUCUUGUAAAACAUUUUCAUAUAAUUCAAAUGGAUAUGCCAAAUGAAAAUGAUUUAGUAUCAAUAUUUUCUAAAUUAGUUAAUCGACAUUUUAUUGGUGAUAAUGGUGAUUCACAUUUACAACUUAAAGAUUCCAAUGAAGGUUCAAGUCGUGCAUCAACAGCUAAACAAUCCACAAUAGGAGGAAAUGAUUCAUCAGGAGUAACAAAUGGAUUAAAAAAUUCCUCAACAUUUAAACAUCUUGAAGAUCUUCGUUCAAUAUUAGAUCGAAUUGUUAAAGGUACAGUUGAAUUAAAUCAGCGAAUGAGAUCUAUGUAUCAAAUUAAUUCUCAACGUAUUCAUUAUGUUUUUUCAAUGAAACAAUUAACACAAAUAUUUCGAAAUUUAUGUGUUAGUUUAACACCAGAAUGUUCAAUUGAAGAUAUACUUUAUUUAUGGCAUCAUGAAUGUCAAUGGCUUUAUGGUAAACGUCUUUAUGAUCAAAUUGAUCAACAAAGAUAUCAACAGUUAUAUAAAACUAUUGUUAAAAAAUAUUUUAUGAAUAUGAUUAAUGAACAACAAGUAUUACUUGCUCAUAAUCAACAUUUUUCUAAUUUACAAGUUACUGAAAGUGGAAUGGUUGUUGCUAAUUUAGCUCGAGAUUCUCAAAAUUAUUUAACAGAUAAUUAUAAUCUUAUUACAGAUAAAAAUCGAAUUGAAAAUUUUGUUCGAACUGCUCUUAAUGAAUAUAAUAAAGAAAAACCUAAAAUAACAUUUCCACUCUAUUCAUGUUAUAUUGAUUUAUUAUGUCGUUUAUGUCAUACAGUUCAAACAGUUGAUGGACAUUGUUGUAUAAUGGCUGAAGGUGUACUUGAUCCAUCAAUAAUUGAAUUAUUUUCAUCAAUUAUUGGCUAUCAAUUAGUUUCAUUUAAAACAAGUCAUUUAAUAACAUCUGAUGAUGAAAUUAAAUCAUUUAUUAAACAAAAAUUAACACAAACAUAUAUUGAUGCAGGAAUUCGCGUUAGUUCUAUAGAAUUUUACUUAAUAUCUAGGGCACAGACAACGGCGUC